AUGUAUCCUGAGGUUCAGUGCUUAUGCAAAGAUGAGGAUGAGCAGAUAUAUCCAGUUUCAUUUGGCAUUGGCAACGUGGAAAACAAAAAGUCUUGGUCAUGGUUUCUUAAUCAAUUGGGUCGUGCGAUUGGUUGUCCUGAAAAUGCAAUAUUCAUUUCUGACCAGCAUCUUGGCAUUAAGAAUGCAAUUGAGAAAGUGUACAAGGACGCGCAUCACGAUCUAUGUAAUUACCAUUUAGGGAAAAAUAUUAAAAACAUGUUCAAGCUCGAAGAUGUUGGCACGAUAUACACCUUGGCUGCCAACUGCUAUAGGCUCACCGAUUUUAAUAGACAUAUGAAUAAGCUAAAACAACUUUACAAACCUGCUUAUGACCGCCUUAUGAGAUUAGGCUCUAAGAGAUGGGCACGUGUACGGUCACCAAUAAGGCGAUACAGGCUAAUGACAUCCAACAUUGCGGAGUGUAUUAACUCCUGCCUCAAGCAUGUACGGAAAAUGCCAAUAACCGUCCGAAUCGAGUGCAUCAAAGCCAUGUUCCAACAUUGGUUCCUUGACCGGCACAAUGAAGCAUUGAAUUUGACCAUGCCCCUCAGCCCUUGGGUUAUUGAUCUCUUGAACAAACAGUUUAAUGAAGCAUGUCACUUUUCCAUACAACCAAUAGAUCGAAUGGAGUUUCAAGUUAUAGGCGGGACGAAGGACGCAGUCGUUAACCUGUGCACGAAGACGUGUUCAUGUGGUGAGUUCCAGACUGAUCUACUCCCCUACACACAUGCCAUGGCGGCAAUAAGUAAGUACAAAUGUGCAGCCAUUGAAUUUUGCUCGGACUAUUACUUUACUCGGUCUUGGGUGGACGGAUAUGCGGUUCCCAUUCACUCGAUUGGGCAUCCUAGUGAGUGGGACAUCCCCUAUGAUGUUAAACAAAUGGUUGUUUUGCCACCAACCUGGGGAGAUCAAGAGGGAAAACCUAGGAGGAAAAGGAUUCCAUCAGCUGGGGAAAGCAGUCGACGACAUAGAUAUUCACAAUGCAAGAGUUAUGGUCAUAAUAGACAAAAUUGCCUCAUGUUGUUUCCAACUCUAUCGACAAAUGGGGAAACAUCAUCUACUCAGUCGACGGCUCAAUGA